GUACAUGUUGCACCCAGUUGCAGAGGAGCUUCUACCAGCUUAGGCAGCAAAUUUCUUUCAGCAGAAAUGCCGGAAACUGAUGAGAGGCUUCCUCCGCCAGAGUGGCUGGAUGAGAAGCUGGUGGCGCAGGCGCUCAGGAGAGCUGAGCAGGACGAGGAGCUGGAAGUAGAGGCGCUGGACGUGGGGUACGCCUGCGACCGCGGCGUCAACUUCCUCAGCGAGAUGCUGCGCGUGACCGUGAGCGUCAAGAGGUGCGCGGGGGAGGCGCGGACACAGCGGCGGUCGCUGCUCGCUAAGUGCCUGCUGCGCGCGGGCCCGCUGCGCACGGUAGUGCAGGAGGCGGGCAUCUUCCUGAGGGAGACGCUGGUCUACACGGUGAUGCUGCCCGCCGCGGAGGCGGCGCUCCAGGCCGCGGAGGGCGACAGGUGGAAGCCGCUGGCCGCCCGCUGCUACCACAGCGGCUCGCGGCCCAUAGACUUCCUGCUGCUGGAGGACCUGGCCGAGGCGGGCUUCGCCAUGUCGCCCCGCGGCCGGCUGCUGGACAGGCAGCACUGCUCGCUCGUCCUCAAGACCGUGGCGCGCCUGCACGCCGCCUCCGUGCUGCUGGCAGACCACGAGGCGCUCGCUGCCGAAAGCUUCUCGCAGCACCCCAUGUUUACUAAAUACGGCAGAGAUCAUUUCUCGGUUGUCACCGAUAGGCUGUAUUCCGCGCUGGCAGAUGUUCUAGGGACGAUUGCCGGAUGCGAGAAGUACGCGCUGAUGUAUCGUGAUACCAAAUCGACCGUAUUUGACAAGCUGCAGGGUGUCUUCGACAGCUGCCGGCCUCAGCUGAAAGUUUUGGCGCACGGUGAUUUGUGGAAGAACAACAUUAUGUUCCGAUAUGUUGAUGAUCGCCCUGUCGACGUGAGAUUAGUAGAUUUCCAGAACUGCUUCUGGUCCUCGCCUGCUGCGGACCUGCAGCACUUCCUGGGCAGCAGCGCCAGCCUGGAGGUGCACCAGCAGCACGUGGAGGGCCUGGUGUCGGAGUACCACGCCGUGCUGCAGGGCACCCUGCGCGCCCUGGGGCUGCACCGGCAGGCGGACGCCUACCCCCUGCACCAGCUGCGGCUGGACAUGGACCACUUCGCCGCACACACACUCUGCAUGGCGUCAGUGAUGCCACCCAUGAUUCUCGCGCCCGAAUCCCUGGGCAAGGACGCCGAGGAAGCCCUCAACAACAGCCAACGCGAUGAUACAUUUUUCAGACAAAUCGUAUCCAACCCUGAAUUCAUUUCACGCAUCAAGUACGUCCUGCCAGCAUACGAAAAGGUUGGUGCGAUGUAGCAGGGGAAACUCGUUUCUGAUGAACAGAUUCAAAGACCAUCCUUCCUUUCUUCUGGAAGGAGUCACACACUGCUCAGGCAGACUGUGAAUGCUCUUCAGUACCGUUUAGGCAGCCCUGGAGUCAAACUUUACGUGGACUCAUGAUUAGCACUGCAAUCUUAUGAGCAAGUGAUCCUGUUUAUGAAAGAGUAUUAAUACACUCACUGUUAGAAGUGGUUCUCC